AGUGAACUUCCGGGACGUGUACAUACCUUAUCAUAGAGGUAUACCACGAUGACGACACGGGAACUUCCCUUCGACCUCUACGUACACAUUCUCGAGCAGUUGACACCCUUGGCAGAUUCUGACGAGAGCAUUACUGCGCUUGUUUCUUGCUUGAAGGCGAGCACUUCCUUUAGGGCAGCUGCAUCUGUUACAGGACUAUGGGAGCCACAUUACCGUGUCCGAUACACGAUAUGUGACCCUGCGAAAGAGCAAUCGAGGAAGCAGUCUACAGGCGGCGACUGGCGACUGAUGUAUCUCGAGAGGCGGCGCAUAGACCUCGAAACAUUGAACAUGUUGUCAAAGAUUGUCGCGGAACGGGGUGAUGGAAGACUGGAAAGAGCGCGAGAGGUCAAUACCAUGUUCUCGUUUGACGCAUGGAAUGCCCUGGAGAUUGCUGCAAGCCAUCCGCUUCCGGAGACAUUCCGCGAGCCAGGCGCUCCAGAGCGGAGACCUGUUCCCUCUCACGCAGUUCCCAUUCGCUUUUGGGCUCAAAUGCUUCUUGGUGCUAUUGCUAGAAGUCAUGCUGUUCGCACCUGGGGGACGCUUAUAUCUAAUGACACAGCCCAAACGUUGGAGCUUUCAUUCGCUUGUGUGUCCAGCUUUUUCGUAUACCCCCCCAUGAAGGUCUUGUCUCAGCUUGAGGAACUUGUGGCUCUCUGCAAAGCCUACUUUGUUGAACACAGGGUUCCCCUCGACCCGGCUGAAUUUACCAGUGACGCUGAAAAGCUCAGACUCGUCUGUUUGUCCAUCUGCGAUUUCUUGUGGAGCUGCGGUUUUGAGGCUGCGGAUGGACAGCAGUUUCACGUGUUGCAAAACCGGUUUCCUCACCUCUUCUUGACUACGCACAAGGCAACUAUUCCUAUAUCGCUUGUGUACGUUUUCGUGUGCAUUGCGCAAAAGAUAGGUGUUACAGCAGCACCUGUCGACUUCCCUACCAGAGUUCUGGCCAUCGUGUCCUCUCCCGACCCAGAUGUUUCAGAUAUCUUCAUCGACGUUUUUGGCUCACGAACACAGGCCAUUCUAACACUCCGUGACGAUAUUCCGCACUUCCUUCUUCAAGCAGGAAUCACUCCUACUUCGAUGCUUCGUUAUAUUACCCCUGCUUCCUCCGAGUCUAUGCUGGUUCGGGCGUCCCGUAAUGUUUUAGCAUCCUUCUCCAACUUCCCCGAAAAUCCAGUUUCCGAAGAUGUGCUGCACACAGCAUUCUAUGCCAGCCUCGUGGUCAAUGUCAUCUUUAUGAAUAACCACAGGUAUCUCUCGAAUAUAAUAAACCAUAUCAAUCGGUUCCUCCUCGAUCUAUUGCCAGUCCUUGUCGAUUCAUUGACCCCUCUUUUAAACUCGCGCCUCCAAGAGCAGCUCACGACGCAUUGCAAGGCUGUCAUAGAGGAGGAGAAGGAAGCGGCCGCCACUUCUCACCCUCGCUCUGCACUGACGCGAGAGGUGAAAUUCUUCGUUGGCAUGGUUUUCAAGCAUGCGGCCCACAGAUACGUUGGAUAUAUAUACGGUUGGGAUGCCUCCUGUGUAGCGACCGAGGACUGGGUCCGUGAGAUGGGUGUUGAUUCGCUCCCUCGAGGACGCCAUCAACCCUUUUAUCACGCCCUUACACAGAAUGGUUCUUCACGCUAUGUUGCAGAGGACAACAUUAGACCGACAUGUCUGGAAUCAGUUGAUGUACGCAGAAUUUUUGUAGAUGCACCAGAGGCAGGGAGGUACUUUGAGGACUUAACCCAAGUUGACGAGAGAGCAAGGUUUCUGUUGAGCCCAGAACUGAAUGCAGCGUAUCCUGACGACGAAGCCUUCGGUGACCAGUGGCUCAAACAAGGAGACCAAUAAUAUCGGGCAGUCAUUGAU